UCAAAAGCCAGUCUCAUCAUGGCAGACAAGGACAAGGAAGGAUUGGUCUCUCAGUUCACGUUAAUUUCGGGAGUUGACGCCGAAAGAGCCAAGUUUUACCUUGAAUCAGCAGCUUGGAGUUUAGAAUCUGCACUAAGCAGUUUCUAUGAGGAGGCAGACGAAGAAGGUCCAAGCGAAGCCUUAGGAGACAGACCGGAGGCGGAAGGAGCUCCAAGCACACCCCAACGACCCUCUUCACAACCCACUCCCUUAGCACGGUUAAACAUGGUGGAUAGUGACAGUAGCGACGAGGAGUCUGGCCAGGCCUUCUAUGCAGGUGGCUCGGAGCACUCUGGCCAGCAAGUUCUUGGUCCACCCAAAAAGAAAGCUGAUAUGAUUGCUAAGCUCUUCAAGUCAGCAAAAGAACAUGGAGCAGAAGUGAUUGAGGGUGGCAGAGAGAGCAAGAAACCAAAGAGGAUUACAUUUGGGGGGACCGGCUAUCGCCUGGGCGAGACAGAGAAUGACACAGAAGUCAUCCCUGACCAACGAGAUCGUGACGAACGUCCACGUGAUGUUGCCCUGAAGAUGUGGCGGACCGGAUUCACAGUAGAUAAUGGACCACUUCGUGCCUAUGAGGAUCCAGAAAACGCAGAAUUCCUUAAUUCUAUAAGGAGAAGUGAAGUGCCCUUGGAACUCAUAAGAGAGGCCAGGGGAGGGGAGGUAUACAUCAAUAUGUCGGACCAUCGCCAUGAAGAGUAUGUACCCCCCAGAGCCAGCCUUAGGGCAUUCACUGGAUCGGGCCACACUCUGGGAAGCCCUGCCCCAUCUGUGGUCGGACAGCAGGCACACCCAGCUGGAGCUGUAGGAGGAGCAAGCGGAAGUACUGUCAUAAGUGGGCCAUCAGACCCCAAAUCAGCAGAAAAGAAGGCACAAGAUGACCUUAAAGUUGAUAAUGGACAACCCAUCACUAAUAUUCAGGUUCGUUUCCCAGAUGGUACCCGCUUUGUGAUUAAACUGAAUCACUCACACACAGUCGGUGACAUUCGGCACUUUAUUGUGACAGCCCGUCCAGCCUUCCAAGCCGUGGACUUCGCUCUGAUGACCACCUUCCCCCAUGCAGAACUAACCAACUUAUCUCAGAACUUAGUUGAGGCUAAGCUUUUAAAUUCGGCAUUAGUUGUGAAAAAUAAGUAACCAUUUCCUGUAUAUAAAUUUCCAUAUAUACAGAAUUAUUAUGUUUAGGCAUACAGUUGCAUUUUACCAAGGGAAGUGAUGCUUUAAAGAUUGCUCAUUGUCUACCUGUUAUUGCAUAGCCAUCUAAAAAAAUGGAGAUACAGAGGGAUUCUCAUCCUUGUUACUAUUGCACAUCAUUGUUUCUGUUAAAAAAAACAUAUUAUUGUUAUAGAAUUUUUUUUCAAAUUUGGCUCAGGUUUGACAAUGAAUAUUUGUCCACCUUCCAAAUUUGUUUUUCUUUUUUCUUUUUCUUUUUAUUUUGUAACACUAGCAUCUUUAACAUCCAUUAAUUGCCUCAAGAAACUUCAGAUAUUUAUUUACCUAUACUGUAUGCUAUUAAAUUAUUUUCAUAUACUACUGUGGUUUAUUACUUUAAUGUGUAAGAAAAAACACCAGUGCAUUGUAUCUUCUAUUUUAGUUACAAGAUUAAACAACAAUUCAGAUAA